AUGGUGUUUGUGCGACCAUGCGUGAUCGCCACGCUAACGAAGUGGACGCUCGUAUUCGUGACGCGCAUCACCAUCACCAUCACCAUCACCAUCACCAUCACCAUCACCAUCACCAUCACCAUCACCAUCACCAUCACCAUCACCAUCACCAUCACCAUCACCAUCACCAUCACCAUCACCAUCACCAUCACCAUCACCAUCAUGACAGGACGAAUCGGGAACGUGGGCAGUGUAAUCGCACUGAUGGGCAACACGGGCCAAGCGGCCUAUUCUUCCUUGAAAGCUGGCAUCAUAGGACUUACAAAGUCGCUGGCGGUGGAGUACGGACCGCGGGGCAUCAUUGUAAACGCUGUGGCGCUGGGCUACAUCGACCCGGAAAUGCUGCGCGACAUUCGGUACAAGAUCGACCUCAACGAAGUGGCGGACGUGGUGAGCUCUCUGGUAGGCAGCGACUACCUCACAGGCCAGGUCAUCGUGCUCGACGGUGGCCUCUCCUCCCAGUUAAAGAUGAGCGACUUCACGUAA